GUAGUCCCAUUUCCGGACCAACGGCUGAAACGAGGACCAGGAUCGAGUCGCGGAUUCUGGUCCGCGUUUCAGGAGAAUUUUACACGCUGCUCGCAAAGCCUGCUCUCCCCGUGCGGUCUCGGGCUAUUGAAUUACAGGUUUCCGUCGACGUGUACAGCAUCGUGUCGGCCGCGCGCACGCACGUACCCUUAUCUGCGCAAUACUUCCGUCCCGUUCAUUAUCGUGACGCUUUUAGUAAUUCCCGAUAACUUGGCUACAUGGUUCGCGGAGUAACGGGCUCGCGGAGAACGGCGGAGCGAUCGGUCUCGCGAAAUUCUGCUCGAACGAGUCGACUGCCGCGAUUCGAGGAGAUCGCUGGAGAACCGAACUGGCUUCGUCGUGAGUUCAUUAGAGGAUUCGGGAUGGAUCGGCGGAGGAUCCACGGGUGAACAGUGAACUGGACAGGAAACGACGUUCGGCUCUCCGGAUAUUAUAGAUUGUUAUGUGUAGAAAUGAAUUCGGUGGCUUAACUUUGUCAAGCUCUCAAAAAAAAUACUUCAACGAUCAAAGUAUGAUCCUCUUCUAAAUAAGCGCCGAAUUAAUCGCUACAUCUAAUCCUAGAGGAUCCUCUGAAAAACAGGAUCAUUCUCGGGUGUUUCCUAAGGAAUAGAAAGCGGCGAGCGGGAAUUUUCCGCGCGAGGAAGCUUGAGGGCGGUUUUUCGGAGACGGUCGUGCGAGUCGGGUAAAGAAAAGGAGCCGCGGCGCUCGAUCGCGCAGCGCGAGGCGACCCCGGCCGAGAAUCCGUCUAGCGGAGGUGUAGAGUUGGACACGCGUGCAGUCGGGUCGGGGGCCCUGGAAUCUCCUCUCUCCGGCGUUCACGGUUCCCGACGUGCACGGCACUGCCUAUUGACGUCUGCGGUAGGCGUGGUUUCGCUCUGCCCGAUAGAGGGAUAUAUUUACCGCACCGCACAACUUUUCUCUCUGGUGCGCGCGAACGAGCCUCGCCUCACGUUAUUCGAUUAAUAAUGUGUCGUAUUCACGGUGCGAGGUUUGAUGCGACCGGUACACGCCGCGGGACCGUGGCCACCACUCGGCACAGGGAUUGAUCGCUCCCUGCGGACACGCCGCGGACCUACCAUCGGCAGGGGUGACUUAGCCUACUCGGGAACCUGUACGCGAGUGUGCUCGGCUUCUUCUUUUCCCUCCGUUAUCUCUCUCUGUCGCGCGCGGCCACGGUAACAUUCAUUCCCACGAGUGUGUGACGGUGUGCUCGCUUCAAGCUCGCCUCAAGCUUGCUCGCUAAGCUCGGGCCAGCGGCUCGCUCGCUCCGUGCCGUUCGCUGGCGAGCACUCUCGACGAGCCAGUGCACCGUGUGCUCGCGUGACAGGCGUCUGUCCCUCAUCUGCGUCGCUGCACGCCGACACGUCUACCCCGACGACAGGAUCUCUUUAAAGACAGGCCCUUUUUCUCGACGUACACCCAGAGGAGAAUGGCGGGUGACGGCGUUCCGGUACUCCUGGUCACCGCGAACGUGGGCAGCGUUUUCGAGGAGCCUAGCGUGAUGUUGAAAGUUUGGACGGAGGAAUUUUUAUCUACUAUACUGAGGCUGGAUCCAAAGUUUAUUGCACUGCACUGCCAAGAAGUGGGCGGGAAACAUUAUGAGGAAAGUAUGAGGCACGUGGAAGACUUUGUUAGAUUACUUAUGUCAUCCGAAGAAUUAAGACUGUUCGAUAAAAUCAGAGUAUUUUUAGACGAGGACUAUUCCUCUGCUGAACACUUUACGGCACUUGGAAAUUUUUACUUUGUCCAUGAAUCUUUGAAAGAUGUUUUAUUAUGGGACUUCCAAGAAUGCACUUUUGUACCGGUAAGUGGAAAAGAAGUUCACUCUGGUAACAUAGAGGCAGUCACGACCAAAGAGAAGGCAAAGUUUCCCCAAGAGUUCUUCCCAGAAUGCAAGUGGUCCAGAAAGGGAUUUCUGCGGACACGAUGGAAUAUUAGCGGGACAAUUUUUGAUCUCAUAAAUAUACACUUAUUUCACGAUGCCAGUAAUUUCAUUGCUAUGGAAACGUUUCCAUCUGUGUACAGUAAAACGCGCAGAAGAGCGCUCGAGCAUACGUUAGAUAGGUUUCAUAACGACAAAUAUCCAAAUGUACCAUACUUUCUAUUCGGAGACUUCAACUUCAGAACAGACACAGCUGGCGUGAUAAAAAAACUUACAGAAGAUACUCAAGAGAGAAGGCUAUCGAAUAAAGGAAGCAUUUCAAAGCUGCAAUUUCACAAUAAAGACGAUGAUCUCAUUUUAACGUUAGGGAAAAAGGAAUUCUCUCAUUGCGAGCACCAGAACGUGUUCCUCCAGAACAGUGGACAAUGGCUACGUGAAUAUGACAGAGAGCUGGAAGACUUUGAUGGAAGAUUAUUUGAAUUUCCAAUUAAAUUUGUGCCCAGUUACCCGUUUGAGGAAGAUAUCAAUGAGGGCUCGCAUUACAUGCAAACACGAGUUCCAGCCUGGUGCGACCGAGUUCUACUGAGCGCGACAGCGAAAAUGCUGGUUCAGAAUGUAUCGUCGUCCGACGCAGUGGAGUAUGGGAUAAUAGGUCCGAUGACCUGCAUGGGUGACCACAAGCCAGUCUACUUGAGGGCUGACCUCGCCUUGGACAAAGGUAUGAUAAACUGCUGCAGCUUGCCGCGCGCACCUGAGCUUUGCUUUCGAGUGCCAGACGAUUACGUGGAGUUGUUGUCCAUGUUGCCUGAUUACCAUAGUUGCGCGGCCGGCCGGGUCGCUUACACGGACCGAUCGGCCAAUAAUCUGUUGCACGCGGCACCCGUCAAGCAUGACCCCUACACCCCGGAUAGCAUGGACAGUCCGAGUCCCAACGCGAUGAUAAUCGCCUCGGCGGACGUGGACGCGCCGUCCCACGCGCCCCCGCACGCGUGCAACCCGCCCAGACGAGUGGACAGAGCCGUGUCCCCCGCGUUGCUGAAGUCCAAGCUGGAGCUGAUCAAGAGGCAAGAAGCGGACGUCGAUCAGGAGCCAGCGGACAUCAAGCGCAGCCCCAGCGACUGCUGCCUGCACUCCUGGCCGCAGCACGAGGACAGACAGUGGACGGCCAGGACCAACAGGUGCAACAGCGACGUGUCCUGGCAGAGGUCGCACGUGCUCACGCAGGCGUGGGUGCAGGGCAGAGGCGAGCAGGGCUACCACUCCUUCGGCGACAGGUUCGACAGGUCGUCCCUCAACUCGACGCCAGAAGGUCUGCCGACUGACUUGGUCAUACCCAGGAUAGCCAUCAUCAACGCCAGCAACUUCGAGUCCAACGAGAGCUCGGUGUACCUGCACGAGGACAAGUUCAGCAGCUACUCGGACAACAAGCUGACCACCUACUCCGACGGCAGGACCAAGAGCCUCAGCGAGGCCGUCAGCUCCGACAAGUCCGACGAGCUGUGCGAGAAACUAGAGAGCAACAGACUGAAGGAGGGCCUGUUCCUGCAGAACCUGGGCGAGCUUAUAGCGAGGGACGUUAUUUUCGAUGGAAUUGAGAAACUGGAGGAGGGACAGAGGAAGCUCGAGGCCAGGACCUCGUUAGUAUUAGAGGAUAAGGAGGUUGGAGCUGAGUCGACGAGGAACGAGAUUGAGGAGUGCGAGAACGCUGCCUCGAAGAGGAGCGAGUCCGCGCAGAGCCAGGACGACAACGCUGGGAACGCGAGGCUCAAGUCGAAGGCUUGCAAGGUGACCGAGAGGUGCAAGCACAACAUCGUCAGGAAGAAGGGCAGGUGCAGGAGGUGCUGCUGCAUCGUGUCGUGAGGGGACGCGUGUCGUGUUCCUUGUUCGCUCGGUCGCCGAGGCUACGUUGUUGAGCGAUGGCUCCUCGGCGUUAACAUUCCUCGAAUCGCUCGGAUCGAAGGGGUCGUGUGUAUUUAUUAGUCCGCAACGAUCACGGAGAGCAACUGCGACUCAUCUCCGGACGCUCCCGCUUGUUCAAUCCACACGUGCAUGUCGCGAGACGUACGGUGUCUGCAUGCGCAUGAUACUCUUUGCUGAGGCAAUGGUCUUUGGUAGGUAAUGGUUUCUUUAGUCCUUUGGAUUAGCUUGAGUCGUUGCCUUUCAGGGCCAUUGCACUCGAGUGAUACGGAUUGUCCGUGCGAGUGUCGUUGAUGGAACGAGUACAGCUCUGUUAUUGGUGAUUCGGUUGAUACAGUUGAUGUUGAGGAUUGAUGAUGAUGUUGAGAACUGAUGAUGACCCUUUGUGGACGAAGGUCGUUUCAGAAUAAUAAAUGGUUAUAUUUAAUGUAAUUACUCUGACAAGAGAUCAGCCUUCCAUUUUUCCUAUUAAUUAAUUAAUUAAUAUUUAACUUCAUCUGUUGAAGACUUUGUUGAAAGUAUCUUCGCAAAGGGUUAAUCUUAAUAAUGGAUGAUAUAGUUAAUAUUCUCCGAGUAUUGGAGGAUAGUUGAUGGAACAAUGACAUUGAAGAUAGAUGAAUGUUCCUGUUAGGGUUGAAGACAUGUUCAAACGUGUUUUUCCAAGAGAACUAAGGAAGACGCUGUACUUGUUUCAACGACACGCGUAGUUAAACUAUUGUAUCGUUGUUGCCUAGGUGUUUACGUGUUGUGUUGUGUAGAAGUUACGAGUCAGAGAACCCCCAAACGACAGUGUACACUAUCGAACAACACGUACAAUGUAUUAGCGGAGCAUAUUCUCCUAAACCUCUGUUAUCACCGGACAUAUUGUGCGAUUGAUCGUGUCUGGAUGUCACGUCUGGCUUUCCCGAGUCUCGAUCCCUCGUCGAACUUCCCACCACGCCACUUUGCACUUUCGAAUAAACCGCGCUGCGUCGCCCGAGAGAUGGCGCUGCCGUCGAAGCCGUUACACCGCGGGAAAAUUCAAAUUUGAAUGUUCACCCUCUAUAGGCUCAUUUAACUUUGAAGCCACACAUCAGUAUAUCGUCUUGAUUUAUUUCAAGAUUUAUUACAAAAUAUAUUCGUUUCAAAUUAUCGAAGCUAUCAAAUACAUUGUUAAUUAAUAUUAAUAUAUGAACGUUUAUUUUGUACUGAAUAAAUUCUGUUAUAAUCGUGAACAAAAAUUCAGCCUACAGAGGGUUAAUUAAUCGGAAACGAGUUAAUUCCAUGGACGCAGGCUUCGACGACAACGAGAAUCGCCGGGUAAAGUGCGAAUUGAUGCAAACCCGUGUGCAUCGUAUCCUUGCCAAGUUCGUGUCUACGUAGCAUGUUAGCGAGAUGCACAUGUAAGUCCGGUACUUGGACUCGACUGCCAAAGUUAGUUUCGUUCUAGCGGUGAGAGAGGGAGAGAGAGAAAAAGAGAAUGCGUGCGUGCGAGAGAGCGUGAGAAUGAGAGAGUUCAAUUUUAUUUAAUUAAACCGUUUAUUUUAUAUUGCGCUUAGUUCCCGCUUGUCCCCUAGCUUCGUCUUUUUUUUUUAAAUAAUUCAAUCGAUUCAAGACACUGUCGAGCAACCGAGGACAAUACCAAUAACCCUUUAGUGCCUUAACCUACGAACUCGUGUUCGCGCACUCGCGGAAUAUUUCUCGUCAGAUCGUAGUCAAUGCCGUUAGAGUUUAGAUCGCGUGUCGACGAACACGUUCGUUCGAGUCUUGCCAAAAAGAGGAGACAGGAAUCCAAUGUAUUCCCAGUACAAGUCCGACGUCGCGCUGCCGCGCGUGACGCGUCAAUAGGUACUUAGCGAAGUCUUAAUACCUGUAAGUUCCGUUCGAUCGGGCCGACUCAAUAUCUCCGAAUCGAAUAACCUGAAAUAAACGGAUCGCAGAUUCGAGCUGUUCGAUUAUUACGCUUGACGUCCCCUACCCGACGCUGUCGACCACCUAUCUUCCGUUUUGUAAAUACACGUUUACUUUUAAUACCACCGAACCGAGCUUUCCUCUUAUUUACACCUUCGAUGUGCGUGUGUGUCACUGGCGAUACGAUAAAGGGAUUAUACUUAAUUAUUCCUUAAUUCCCCGGUGAUUAUGUAUAAUUGCCUGGGACUACAAUCUCCGAAUUAAUCCAAUUUACUGUGACAUACACGUAUACAUAUAUAUAUACACAUAUAUUGUUCGACGUUACGUGUUGUUGUUUCCUGCACGUUGCAUCGCAAUGCACUGUCAGUGUUCCGCGUGUUUACUCGUAUAACUAGUCCGAUAAUGGUGGAGCAGAUUGAAGUACAUUAAACACAAUUCACCCCCAGAAUGAGAAAUUUCAGAUCCCAGGUAAUUCUUCCAACGGCUCGUUCAAACUCGCAGUCGUUUCCCGCCUUUUCAACGGCCCACGUUCGCGUUCCGAGUUCUGUGUUCCCCGCUCUUUUCACGACGCCCCAUCAAUUUCAAAUUCUAUGCAUAUAUAUACCCAAGUCGUUUCCAUACGAUGUUCACACAUCAAUCGACUUUAUCGAGAUAUUUCACGGAUUAAUCAAAACUGGGUCAUUUCCAAUUUAGAAACCGUGUUACCCGCGUACCGAUAAAUUCCACCAUAUUGCAUUCCAGUGUUAAACUUCGUUAAU